UCAGAGUCCUCAGUAAGCACAGUAAACUUGAAAAACUACUUCAUUAGUUCUACUCCUGCGCGAAGCCAGGUGACACGUCGUCAGCUGAACUCUUGUUGCGGCUUGUAUACAUAUCAGAUCGUACAGCACAAACAGUCAUAAUGAAGUUUCAGACGUUUUUUCUGGCUCUGGGCGUUCUGCAAUGUGUUCACUGUGUCCCUGUUCCACAGACGGCGGAGGAAAACGAACAGGAACUGAUGCACACAUUAAAGGAAGACUACAAUCUCAGUGAUGAGGAGGAGGAGGCUUUCCAAGGACUCAUCGACGACGAGGAGGGGAAGACGGACCACGAAAAUGACAACGUUCCGUUCCGUAUGCAGGUGAUGCAAGUUUUAGAGAAAUUCAAGGUACUCAGCGAUGAGGAGCUUGAGCGAGUUUUGCAAUGUGUUCACUGCGUCCCUGUUCCACAGACGGCGGAGGAAAACGAACAGGAACUGAUGCACACAUUAAAGGAAGACUACAAUCUCAGUGAUGAGGAGGAGGAGGCUUUCCAAGGACUCAUCGACGACGAGGAGGGGAAGACGGACCACGAAAAUGACAACGUUCCGUUCCGUAUGCAGGUGAUGCAAGUUUUAGAGAAAUUCAAGGUACUCAGCGAUGAGGAGCUUGAGCGAGUAAGAAUGAUAUUUGUCAGAAGAAUGGGUGAGGAGGCAACCAACCAGAUCUUUGCUGAAGCAUAUCGAAUCUACAAAGAUGAAAAACUAGAACUCGAGGACCUGGAAUCAAACUUAUGGGUAGACAAGGCGGAGGCGGAAGCGUUUCAAACGGUGGUUAAAGACGUAGAGACCGGAGCGAACCCAAUGGAAGAAGAUGACAAAUCCCAGUAUGGAAUAGAAGAGCUUGCUGAGGAUGUUUUCUCGUUGCCGCCAGAUCUACAGCAACGAUUUCGAGCCCUCCUCAUCGAUAGUUUCGGUGAAGAUGAAGCCAGGGUCUUGUUAGACGCGAUACACGAAAUCCGCAAUAAUGUAAACAGCAAAAUUGAAAAUGAAUGGCAAGACAAGAACUUAACCGAUCUGGAUUCGUGGGAGGAAGAUGAAGAGGAGUCAAAAACGUUCUGGGGGAAGCUUGGAGUAAAUGUUCCAGGAUACUUCCUGGCAGGUGACGAAUGGACUAUUGAAGAGGAGGAAGCUGCAGAUGAUGCAGAAGAAAAGGAAUACGAGUCGACGAAACAUUUGUUCAACAAGCUAGGCGUCGAAGUAACCGAGGAGGACUAUUUUGAGGAUGAUGAUGAAGACGACGAUUGGGCGAUAGGCGAAGAGUCCACAGACAUAUGGGGUGGAGGAGCAGAGCAACCGGCCGCUGAAGUUGAGACAGGAGAGGAACAGCCAGCUGUUGGUGAGACAGGAGCAGGUGAACAGCCCGCUGUUGGUGAGACAGGAGAGGAACUGCCCGCUGAUGGUGAGACAGGAGCAGAGGCACAGGCCGCUGUUGGUGAGACAGGAUGGGAGGAGCAGGCCGCUGAUGCUGAGACAGGAGCAGAGGCACAGGCCGCUGAUGCUGGGACAGGAGAAGACCUAACUGCUGAUGGUGCGACAGGAGAUGAACAGGCCGUUGUUGGUGAGACAGGAGAGGAACUGCCCGCUGAUGGUGAGACAGGAGCAGAGGCACAGGCCACUGUUGGUGAGACAGGAGAGGAACAGGCCGCUGUUAGCGAGACAGGAGGGGAGGAGCAGGUCGCUGAUGGUGAGACAGGAGGAGAGGAGCAGGCCGCUGAUGGUGAGACAGGAGAAGACCUAGCUGCUGAUGGUGCGACAGCAGAGGCACAGGCCGCUGAUGCUGAGACAGGAGAGGAACAGGCCGCUGAUGGUGGAAUAGGAGAGGAGGAACAGGCCGCUGAUGGUGGGAUAGGAGGAGAAGAACUAACCGCAGAUGAUGGGACAGGAGAGGCACAGCUCGCUGAUGGUGGAAUAGGAGAGGAGGCACAGGCCGCUGAUGGUGGGAUAGGAGGAGAAGAACUAACCGCAGAUGAUGGGACAGGAGAGGCACAGCUCGCUGAAGGUGUCUUGGGAGGAGGGGAUCAGGCCAGUGAUGGUGUGAUGGGAAAAGAAGAACUAACCGCUGAUGGUGAGACAGAAUUGGCCACCGAUGGCGAGACAGGAGGAGUAGAACAAGACGCUGAUGGUUUGAUAGGAGGAGAAGAGCAAAACGUUGUUGAUGAGACAAGAGAGGAACAGGCCGCUGACGGUGAGACAAGAGCAGAACAGGCCGCUGAUGGUGUGAUAGGAGGAGAAGAACUAACUGCUGAUGGUGAGACAGGAGAGGAACAGGCGGCUGAUGGUGGGGCAGGAGCAGGGGAACUGGCCGCUUAUGGUGGGAUAGGAGCUACAGGAGAAGCACUAACUACUGCUAGUGAGACAGGGGAGGAACUGGAGGCUGAUGGUGAGAUACUCGGAGCAGAGGCACAGGCCGCUGUUGGUGAGACAUCCGGAGCAGAGGAACAGGCCGCUGUUGGUGAGACACUCGGAGCAGAGCAACAGGCCGCUGUUGGUGAGACACUCGGAGCAGAGGCACAGGCCGCUGUUGGUGAGACACUCGGAGCAGAGGCACAGGCCGCUGUUGGUGAGACACUCGGAGCAGAGGAACAGGCCGCUGUUGGUGAGACACCCGGAGCAGAGGCACAGGCCGCUGUUGGUGAGACACUCGGAGCAGAGCAACAGGCCGCUGUUGGUGAGACACUCGGAGCAGAGGAACAGGCCGCUGUUGGUGAGACACUCGGAGCAGAGCAACAGGCCGCUGUUGGUGAGACACUCGGAGCAGAGGAACAGGCUGCAGAUGGUGAGACACUCGGAGCAGAGGAACAGGCCGCUGUUGGUGAGACACUCGGAGCAGAGGAACAAGCCGCUGUUGGUGAGACACCCGGAGCAGAGGAACAGGCCGCUGAUGGUGAGACACUCGGAGUAGAGGAACAGGCCGCUGUUGGUGAGACACUCGGAGCAGAGCAACAGGCCGCUGUUGGUGAGACACUCGGAGUAGAGGAACAGGCCGCUGUUGGUGAGACACUCGGAGCAGAGGAACAGGCCGCUGUUGGUGAGACACUCGGAGCAGAGGAACAGGCUGCAGAUGGUGAGACACUCGGAGCAGAGGAACAGGCCGCUGUUGGUGAGACACUCGGAGCAGAGCAACAGGCCGCUUUUGGUGAGACAGGAGCAGAGGAACAGGCCGCUGUUGGUGAGACAGGAGAAGGUCAACUGGCCGCUUAUGGUGGGGCAGAAGAAGAGGACUAGGCCACUGAUGGUCCGUAGAACUCUAGAUAUGAUUGCUGUGCCACUUGUACAAACAUGUCCUGCCUAUUGUGACCUAGUAGAAUUUUAUCGAAAUGUUUUCCGGGCAAAAUGAAUAGUUUCUUGAAUCCACCGGGAGCAGUUCUAAACUUUCCCUGUAUUUUCAUUAAGAACUUGAACCAUCGGGAAAGAGACUAUAAGAUAGGACCUGCUCUACACAGCUACAAGUCUAAUAACGAUCGCUAGAUGGCGACAUUGUACCAAGGAGGUCUAAAACCGAUACUUGUGACGCCAACUUGCGCCAUUGCACUCACAAUGAGAUGCUGAUGCACGUUUUAUGCUUUACAGGAAAGGGUGAAUGUGGCCUUGAUAUCAAUUUACAUAUAGUAGAGUUACGCAAUCGACUUCGACAUCUUUGACUUCGAAAUUCUACAAUGCCGAUAUUUGUGAAGUAAAAUGUGUCACAUUAAUGAAAUGGAAGUACUAUCUCGAAUAAAAAUAGGAAACUACUGACACCUGUUUUAGCCAAUGGUGAUGAAAGA